GUAGUGAUUUUGAUUGGCUUCGUGUAUCGGCUGUCUAUAUAUCAUCAUUCACUUUCCACUGCAGUUUAUUCGUAGUGCAACCUGUCUUCUAUGAUGUCAGACCCAGUGGUUAUAGCGUCAGCCGUUCGUACUCCAGUAGGAUCUUUCAAUGGAGCAUUGCAGUCACAAACUGCCCAUGAUUUGGGAGCCAUUGUCAUCAAAGAAGCCCUUCAGAGGUCACAGGUCAAAGCUGAUGAAGUCUCAGAGGUUAUACUGGGUCAAGUACUAACAGGAGGCCAAGGUCAGAAUCCAGCAAGGCAGGCCAGUAUAAAGGCUGGUAUACCACACAGUGUGCCAGCAAUGGUAGUCAAUAUGUUGUGUGGUUCAGGUCUAAGAUCUAUUGUAUUAGGCACACAGGCAAUUCUACUAGGAGAUUCUAAUAUCGUAGUGGCUGGAGGUCAAGAAAGCAUGAGUAAAGCACCACACUGUAUACAUGUGAGAAAUGGUUUAAAGUUUGGUGAUGUAGGAUUAGCAGACAGCAUGAUGAGUGAUGGAUUAACAUGUGCAAUAAAUAAAUAUCACAUGGGAAUUACUGCUGAAAAUGUUGCCAAACAAUGGGAUAUUACACGAGAAAAGCAGGACGAGUUUGCAUUGAAGUCACAAAAAACAACAGAAGAAUCACAAAAAAAUUAUUUAUUCAAGGAAGAAAUAAUACCAGUUACAAUAACGUCUAGGAAGGGCUCAACAGAAGUAACUCAAGAUGAAUUCCCCCGUGCAGGUUGUACAAUGGAAGGUUUAACUAAGUUAAGACCAGCUUUCAUCAAAGAUGGAACUGGAACUGUGACUGCUGGAAACGCUUCAGGGAUUAAUGACGGGGCAGGUGCAGUGGUCUUAAUGAAACAAUCCGAGGCCAGUAAACGUGGUUUGAAACCAUUGGCAAGGAUAGUGUCUUGGGCACAAGCCGGAGUAGAUCCUGCUAUUAUGGGUACUGGACCAAUACCAGCUGUCAAGAAAGCUUUAGAGAAAGCUGGUUGGGAUAAAGAUGAGGUGGAUUUAUAUGAAUUAAAUGAAGCCUUUGCUGCACAGUCACUGGCUGUUGUAAAGGACCUUCAUCUUAAUCCUGAAAAGGUUAAUGUCCGUGGUGGCGCCAUUGCCUUGGGACAUCCCAUUGGAGCUUCUGGCACACGUAUCUUUGUAACGCUACUACACGCAUUGAAAUCCAGUGGAGGAAAGAAAGGUGUCGCUGCAUUGUGUGUCGGUGGUGGUAUGGGAAUAGCAGUUUGUGUAGAACGAGAUUAAAAUACUGUUGAGUUUGUUCGACAAAUGGGCUACAACUCUACAUCUGAGAGAGCUAUGAAAUCUACUGGAAUAUCGGUAUUUGAUAAAGUGUAUAAUAAAGGGAUGAAUCUCUUAAUAAAUUAGUUGGGUAUAUGACUGCAAGUUUGACAAACAUGAAAAUAACUAAAUACAACUUUUGGUUGUAAUCCGAUACGUAUUAAACAUAAUUUGCACAAAUUCAAAAACAA